UUCAGGUUUCCUUUGGGCUUUUGAAAAAUGAAUCCUCAGGAACUGGUGAAAUAUUGCUUUUUAUUCCCAAUUUAUUUAGUGACGUUUGUCGCAGGGCUGCCCCUCAACGCCAUGGCGUGCUGGGUACUGGGACGCACCAAAAAGAACUCAAUGUCCAUCUACGCGCUGAACCUCGCCACCGCAGACCUAUUCUACUUGGCCGUUGUUCCGAUGAAAAUCGGCUACACCUUCAACGGAAACAACUGGAUUUUCCCCGUAUUUCUCUGUCGCGUAACAACCCUGAUAUUCUUCACGAACAUUUACGCCAGCAUCAUGAUCCUGGCGGCGAUCAGCGUGGACCGCUACAAGGCCGUGGUGCACCCGCUGGAGGUGUCGCGCUGGCGGGAGCCGAGGACGGCGUGGAUCGUGUGCGCCGUCAUCUGGGUCAUCACCGUCGCCGAGAUUGCGCCCAUCAACUACGUCACGUUCACCGUGAUGGUCAACGCUACCAAUGGCAGUGCUCCCCCCACCAUCAAGUGCUACGAGAAGUUCUCAACCAGCGACAUGGACUUCUUGACCAUUUACAGACUCUACUUGUUUUCCUCCCUCUACCUCCCCUCGCUAGUCGCCAUGCUCUUCUCGUACAUCAGUGUCAUCAAAUCUCUGUUCAAAGUCGACGAUCAGGUCGACGUGAUGAAACGCGACAAGAAGAUCCGCGCCAUCAAGCUGACCGUCUUGAUUAUCAGCAACUUUUUUGUGUGUUUCACCACCUACAACGUGUCCCAUAUCAUCGGCUUCAUCGAGAGUCGAUACAACAGGAUGUCCUGGGAGAGCUUGGCUCUGCUGCGAGACAUUGCACUCGGACUCAGCCUGCUCAACAGCCUCUUCGACCCCGUGGUUGCCUUCGUUGCAUCGUCUUCAUUUAGGAAUUCGUGCAAAAAUAUCAUCAAGUGUAGACUAUUUAAAAACCGCAUAGAAGAUGCAGCAACUUGACCGAGCUCCAUUGCAAACUGCACAGUUCACACAGAUAACACAUCUGCACUAUGACCACCACACCUUAGAGCUGAACCCAAACAUCCUUUUGAGUCUGGAUAUGUCUCUAUAACCCUUAGUCGUUCGUUCCUUGUGUAGAAUAUACAAGGAUUAGACAAGGAAGUACAGACUGAGGAAUUGCAGUUGCUCCUGUAUAACACCGCACAUGUGGUCCCUGUAACAUGUAGAGACCAAGCCCUGUUUUAUUGACUGUGGUGUCAGAAAGUCGCAGGGUAAAAUCAGAAAGAGCGGUGAGGUCAGGACUGACAGGAAGAGAGCAAAGAGGCAAGGAUGAAUAUGGCAACGGCAUCAAUGGAAAGGGUCGUGAUGAGAGCGGUCGAGUGGACUCAUGCUGGGUGUGGAGAGAGGUCGUGGUGCACCGAGUGGUGUAGAGAGACGAGAAGAGUGGUUGAGAGAGGGUUAUGUGAAAGAAUAGGGGGCUGCAGAAAGAGUGCAGGUCACAGUGAUUGGAGGGAGGGGCUCUGAUGAAUGUGUAGAGGUGCUAACUAUUCACUGUUCGGUAAUCUGCAUUGCCAAUAGGUAUCAAAGGGGCAGUGCAGCGUUACCUCUGUGUGAAUAACGGUUGGGGUCAGACGAGGUGAA